AAAUGACUUGGAAUGAUGACGUCAUGAAGCCGCGCCGCUGUAUUUUGUUGUGUCUGUGAAAACAAUCCUCAGCGGAGGUGGCGACGGAAGAUUCAACUUUAGGUGUUAAAAGUGUGGUGCUGCAGAACUGAAUGAAGUGCUGCCCCCUGCAGGAUAGUAGGUGCUGCUGCUGCUUCCAGGAUGGGCCAGCAAAUCUCAGGUCAGAUCAACCAUCUGCCUGAGAAGCUGGUGAAACACGCUGGACUGGUCCGAGAAAGCGGCUACCUAACCUACGAGGAGUUCCUGGCGAGAGUGGCUGAGCUUAAUGACCUAACAGCCAAGUUAGCUGCUGGACAACAGAAGCACCUUCUGUUUGAAGUUCAGCCCGGGUCUGAUGCCUCCGCCUUGUGGAAGGUGGCCGUCCGGAUCCUCUGCACCAAGAUAAACAAGGAGAGUGGUAUGGUGGAAGCGUCACGGAUCAUGAACCUGUAUCAGUUCAUCCAGUUGUACCGUGACAUCACCAGUCAGGCUGCUGAGGUACUGUCUGCAGAAGGAGCCAUCAGAGGUCCGUCUGCCCAGCUGCCCUCCACUGACUCCUGCCAGGCCAGCAUGUGGAUGGGGAGGGUGAAGCAGCUGACGGAUCAGGAGGAGUGCUGCAUCUGCAUGGACGGGAAGGCCGACCUCAUCCUGCCCUGCACGCACAGCUUCUGUCAGAAGUGCAUCGAUAAAUGGAGUGGGCACAGCAGAAACUGUCCAAUAUGUCGUCUGCAAGUGACGGCUGCCAACGAGUCGUGGGUGAUGUCUGACUUCCCCUCAGAGGACGAAGUAGUCAGCUACAUUCUCAACCUGGCUGAUGAGGUGGGCCAUCCACACAGGCCGUAACACACUGUGCACUGAGCCAAGUAGAUAGUAAGGGAAAUUAGCCCUGAAACACAGAAAGAAGCUUUCACUGAGGAGAUCUUUAUGUUCUGUGUAAAAAUCAAACAGCAGAGUUUAUUCAUGUUUAAAUGACAGACACUAAGGUACAUCUCAGUCCUGAAAAUCCCAGGAUGCUCACAGCCCAAAUAUUACUGACGUGGAAUCCUGUAGCCACCUUGUGUUGUCUAAGCCUGACUAUGUUUAAUUUGUGCACCAUAACAUACAGUUCUGGUGAAUAGUUCACAUAUACUCAUCAUCAGCAUGAAUGUCACCUUCAUUUUGGGUUUUUAAUGAUGCACCGUGUUAUUUGUACGGACUCAACUAUACAUAAACACUCACUGAUAUUGGCUUAAAUGUCCCUUAACUGGUCACACUUUGAAAUGUGCUUUUUGUUACCAUCAGCAAGCUUCCUGCACAGUGGUGUCUGGAUUUUUGAUCACUAUUGUCAGAAACUUUAGAGUUAAUUUAAGCAUGCUUUUAGGCUUAAUUUAUCAUAUUUAUUAGGGUUGACACUGGGACUGUUCCAGAAGCUUUAUUUUAUCUUGAUAUAUUCUUUAAAAAAAUCAUUGUCCAGUUGGAACUCCCACAUUUCCACCAUUUUGCUGUUAAAUUUGGGGUGAAGUUAAAGAAACAGGAGAAUGUCUUCCAUCUGUUAUUCCAUCCAUUUUCUGUAACACACCAGCACCACUGGAAGCAAAACAGUUACUGGUGACCUCUGUUUCUGUCAGUUGAAACUUGGACAACGUUGGGCUCUCCAACAGGACAAUGAACCCAAAUGCCCGGCUUCUCUCUGGGGAUGAAAAAGUAUUAGCCUCCGUGGCUUAUUGUCACCAGUUUCAGCUAGCCACAUGGAAAGUCGAUUAGCCGUAACCCGGUUUACAGUAUUUUGGUUAAAAAAAUAAACUUAAAUGGUUUAAAUUGAACUAAAAUGAAAUUCACUACAAGCUCAGACAAAGAACUUCAAGGAUAAAUUCCUGAGUUUAAAACAAGCAGCGGAGUGGUGCUGGUUUAAACAUGAAGUAACUGCUUAUUUUCCAGGCAUAACAAAGCCUGCUCCCUUCUAAAUUCCUUCUGAUGUGCAAUAUUUAACCAGCUACACGCAAUUAGGUCCUACUUCUCACUGACCAGCAGUGUUUUCUAGGAGCUAUAGGUUGGUACAUUUGGGGAAACUAAUAUGCAGAUCCCUAUUCCACUGAUGUCACUGAGCAGAAGAUAUGGAAAACUCUACACUUGUUAGUGGCUCAGUCUUUUUCAGUACUUAUUGUUUAAAAACCAGUUUGCAUAUUUUCUAAUAGACUAGCGACUUCAAAAAGUGCAGAAAUGAAUACAAUAUCGUGUUCUUGAAAGCACCGUACUGCUGACAACAAUGUAUAGCUCAACAUAUUGCAGAAGUUGCAUUCACAUUCUAAAAAACACAGACGUGAAGCUGGAACAACAGUUAUUUUAGUGGAACGAUUUGGACUACAGCAUUUUAAUAUUUUGUUUCCCCUUCCCACAUCAGAAAUAUCUAAUGUUUUGUCCCAUUUGUUUUUGGUUUUCUUUUUUUUAUUCAGCUCCUAAAUGGGUUAUUUUUCCUGACUAGGCCUAAUAGGGAAUAAAAGAUAAACCAACAUAAUGAGCGGAUUUAGUUUUGUUUAUUAGAAACAGCCACCAACAGGGCUUUUAUAACCAGUACAUUCCUGCUAACACACACACACAAAAAACUAAUAAACUAGAAAAAGUCAAAUUUCAUGUGAAAAUGCAGUGUGAAUGCUGUAAGUUGACAUUUUCUAAAGUAACUCUAAGAAUCUAAAGUCAACAGAAAUAAAUAGCUGAAAUGUUCAAAAUUAGCAUAACUAAUAAUAAGGGCAGAACUGUCAUCUAAUCAACUUAAAUAGAAAAACUGUAGGCUAAAAUUGGCAGACAAAGCUGAAGUUAAUACAAAAUCCACUUUUAAAGAGUAAGACAUUUGAAGACAUUUUCAAAGACCAGGGGAGACCAUGAAGCUGACAUACUGAAGAAGCACAACUUCUUUCUGAAAAGGGCUAAAGAAGUGAAAAAAGAUGUAAAAUCAGAUGUUGAAUUGUAAGAAAUUAGUAGAAACUUCAUAAAAGAAAAGCAGAAUUGUCAGUUGAUCUGCAGAUAACUGAAUAGGAAGAACAAAGGUCAGAUAAUAUGGUAACUAAUCUGCUCAAUAAUCUGAACAGUCAAGGGGGUAACAUUACAGCACUCACACAAUAAGAUAUUUCUAAAGUUUUCUCCAACUGACCACUGUGUUGUUGUUGCACAGUUACCACCUCCCAUGAAACAUGGACAGAACAGUAAGAAAAAAUAAAAAGAGAUUAGCAGCGGCUGCCAUGUUUCAACCAGCCACUGAGAGGAUGGAUGGUGUUUGUGGUUGUUGGAGGGAAAACUGAGCUCUGAUCAAAGGCACAACGCUCAUUUAAAUUGCAGCAGCUCUGCAGGACAACUGUGCAAACUGCUGCAAACAAUAAAACUUUCUCAGUCUCCAUCACCUGCAGCGCCGCUAGCUGAGCUCACAAAGGUGAGCUAAAAUUAGCACAUGGUUGUUCUGCGAAGUUCACAACCAUCAGGUUUUAUCAAAAAAUAACUUUGACUCGCAUGUUAGGCCGUGACUUUCUGCAGCGUUCUCUGUAGAUGACUCGUAUAGCUAGCAGGUGUUCUAAUAUGGCAGGUCGUUUAACAUAAAAUCGGCUUCACCACACUUCAAUUGCAAUUGCAGACACUAACAGUGGUUCAUUACACAUGAAAGCCCCCAAAACCCUAAAAUGAAGUUAAAACCACAAGCAAUCCUUCGCCACUGUGGUGAAUUGCAGCCGAAUUGUGCUCACCACAGAGCACGUUUAUUGUCCAAUCAUGAUGUGGGGAGCACCAGCGAGCAAAGAAAAAAACAAAAAGCUUUUUGUUUCUCUGCAACACAAAACUAAGGGACAUUUAACCAAUUAUUAAUGGUAUUUUAUGUAUAUAUUUAAACCUUUAUGCAUAGUUCUGUCCUUAUCGUUUCUCUCAUCAUCAGCCCAACAAAUAGCCCCCAAACUAAGAAAAUGGUCUGUCUGGAUCCUGAAAAGCCCAAAACGAAUGAAGUUUAUGCAUUAUUCUUACAGUUACUGUAUUAUGUUGACUCAAAGGAAAUGACCAAACAGCUUUAAUAGUUUGGGAAAGAAGAGCUGGGUUUUUGUAGCACAUAUAAAAUUAUCCUGACAUAACCUUGAUGUUGGUUUUCACUGCUCUGGACAGGUGGUGAAAUUAGGUAAAUGUUGGAAUACAUAACAUUUAUAUAUAACUUGGUAAUAUAUGUGGAAAUGUUUUUUCCUAGUGUUCUAGCUGAGACAAAAAACCCUCUGGCAGAUCAUGCUUAUGGAGCUGGUAAAUAAGUCACAAAAACAAAAGAAGCAUUUUCCAAAAUUUAGCUGCAAAUCCAUGAGACACAUUCCUGUUUAAUGAAUUUCCAAAGAACAGCGGUUUAGUCAUAUUUCUUUGCCAUCUGUAAAGCUUUUCUGUAACCCUGCACAAUGUCCCAAAUGAGCACUGGGAUGCGAAGCUGUCUGAAGGGAUAUGAUUCAGAUUUUUCUUCAGAAUGUUCAGGAUAAAACUUUAUUUGAACGACUUGGCUUACAGCGCCGUUUUCCUCUCAGAUCAAAUUCUGGUUUAAGAUGUUUUUUUUAUUUUACAUAUAUUUGUAUAUAAAAAUGAUCCUUUGUAAUUGUUUGAAAAUAAAUGAAUUCUCAUAUCUGUACGGAUAUGUUUGCAUGAGCAUAUCUGCUAUUAUCUUUACUUCUGUAUGUAAAAUGACCAAGUUUACUUUGAGAGGCAGAAAUUCACUGAAACCCAGAUUAGAGUUCUGUUGAGUUCUCCUGCUCUGUCCGGGUUUGAGUGCUUCCCAACACUUAACUGUGAUUUAUGUGGAGAACACCUGGAGCUGGGCACUACGGACAAAAACAUGAUCACAAUAUUUUCUGGUAUUGAGAGGUUGUGAUGAUUAUCACAGUAAAUGUUUUUGUUAAAAGUCUAGAUUCUAAGAUAAUAUCGGUUACAAUACAAACUCAAAAAACGAAUUAAAAUAUGUCAUAAAAUAUUCUUAAUAACUAAUGAGAUUUCUUUUCAAACUUGGUCAUAAACUACUUUGACUUCCUUUAAGAAUUGCAGGACUUUCUGGAUUAAUAAUGACACUUUCUCAACUAGCAAUAUAAUAAUGUACAAAUCCGAUUUGCAGUACUCGUUAAAAGUUCAAAUAUGUUUGAGUACAGCCAGAGUUCACACUACUGUUUACAAUAUCGCCUCCAUCUUCUAAAAAUGCUUAUUAAUUAAUGGCGACUACUUGGUAGGCCACAUGCAUUGUCUCUUAUUGAAGCCGACCCUUAUCGCUGUUAUUCACAUUUUGAACAUCCAGCACUAAGCUGAAGUAUUUUCUGAUAUGUGACUAAAUGAUAACCCUGAUUGUGAGGUAUUUAUUAAUAUAUUUUUUAUUUGAGUUUUUGAUUGGAUCACUUUGAGGUUUUUUCCGAAUAUAUGACAUUUUCUGGAAACAAACUAUUAAAUUAGUAACCUUUGUCAUAUAUAUAUAUAUAUAUAUAUAUUGUUUUCUAAAUGCUCCAUAAUGUGAUUCAUUGCAUUUAAAAAGUCUGGUUUAGUUUGCACAUGGCUCUCUGGGUGGAACUGCUGCUCAUAUCUGACACUGUAAGGAUUUCUCAGCAGCUGAGUUAUUUCUUAGAAUAAAGAUCUGUUUAUAUUAUGAGUACAGACUGAUGUCGUAACCUGCUGUCUUAUGUGGUAUUUUCACCUUAAGGUUGUAGCAUUAACUGUAAUUCCACUGACUGAAGUGCUUUUGAUUAUUUCUUGCUGGAGGACUUUUAUUCACAAUGCUUUAUGGAUGUGGGUGUGAUGAAAUUUAAGGCCUUGUUGCUGUACUAUCAUUAAAGAAACUAUGAUUUUGCACUUAAA